AUGACCAGCGUUAUAGAAAGAUCAAGGGGAUUUGGACACUCCAGAUCAAAUUCGCGUUCUCAUUCCCAUUCCGAGGAAAGGCAGUGGGAGACUGUCCAAGCUAAAACUUUCAUGAAAUGGCUCAAUACCAAACUGGAAGCUUGCAGUAUUGAGCCAAUGACUGAUCUCGCUCGAGAUCUGAGCAAUGGCGUUAGACUGAUUCAACUUAUGGAGAUAAUGGGUGACGUGAACCUUGGUAGAUACAACGUCAACCCUCGUAUGCGCGUACAGAAAGCCGAGAACGUCACCAAAGCACUCGACUUUAUAAGGUCGCGAGGGAUCGUCUUGACGAAUAUUGGUCCGGAAGACAUAAUGGAUCAGAAUUUGAAGCUAAUUUUGGGCAUGAUUUGGACAUUGAUUUUGAGAUUUACUAUUGCAGAGAUUAGUGAGGAAGGUCUCCAAGCAAAGGAAGGAUUGCUGCUUUGGUGUCAAAGAAAGACAGCGCCAUAUCAAGAUGUAAACGUGGAGAAUUUUACAAGCAGCUGGGUGGAUGGCUUUGCAUUGUGUGCUUUGAUACACUGUCACAGACCCGAUCUUCUCGAUUAUCACGCCCUAGAUCCCGUUGAUAGGUUCAGUAACACGAAACUCGCAUUCGACAUCGCGGAGCAGCACCUAGGCAUACCACAACUAUUGGAUGUCGAGGAUCUGUGCACACGACCAGACGAGCGUUCAACCAUGACAUAUGUCGCAUCGUAUUUCCACGCCUUCUCAUCAAUGGAUCGUCAAGAGACGAAUGCCAGACGCGUAGCAGCAUUUGCUGACGUCAUGGCUAGUGUAUGGCAGGCAUCCAAUCGGUACGAAGUCAAGGUCAGAGCUUUGUUGUGGUCGCUCGAGCAGUUAAAAAUUGAGUGGGGGAGCUCUCCGCCUGCAGACAGCUAUGCAGAUGUCAAGCUCCAGAGUGGCCAACUAGCAGAACACAAAAAGACAACAAAGAGAACUUAUGUUUCUGAGAAGGCUGACUGUACCGCAUUGUUUGGCAACAUUCAGACAAAAUUAAAGACUUAUAAACUUCGUCCGUACGACCCUCCAGUCGGGGUGCGUUUAGUUGAUCUUGACGAGAAAUGGGCGAUGAUGGCUGAAGCUGAAGCAAACAGAUCAAGAGCUAUCAAUGCUCGUAUCAGAGAUAUCAAAGAGCUUUUGCGCAGGUCGUUUGCACAAGUAGCUAAUUCUUUCGAGAGGUCCUUGUCUCGGAUCACUGUUGCUAUCGGUGAGCUGGACGGUAAAUUAGAAUCACAGCUCACAAUAGUAAAGGAACUUCAAGCAAAAAUGGAACCACUGGCUCAACAGCUUCACGGCGGUUUGUACCUAUUGGAGAGGGAUUGUUUGGAAGCAAACAUCGAAGAGAAUGACUAUACCAUCUUUUCUUUCGAUGAUCUUGAAUUUGAGUUUGAGCUAGUGCAGCUUAAUUUGAAGAACAAGUUUGCGUUCCUCGAGAACCAGAUCGUUUCUAGAGAGGCAAGCAAUGUGACACCCGAUAAGCUUGAAGAGUUUGAAAGCACAUUCAGGUACUUUGAUAGAGAUGACAGUAAUUGCCUUUCAUAUGGGGAAUUUGGAGCAGCACUCGCAAGUCUUGGUAUUACGUAUCCAGAGGAUGAAAUGGUAGAGAUACACGAUAUGCUAGCAAAGGAGAGUGAACUGGAUGGAUAUGUCAGUUUCAGGGAGUUUGUGAGGUACAUGGUGGAGAUAAUGGAGGACAGCACGGACAAGGAUCAAGUGAGAGAGGCAUUUGAAGGGGUGUCUGGGAACAAACCAUACGUGACGGAAGUGGAUAUCAAGCUAUCAGCGUUGGGGGGACAGACGAUGGAAAGCCUCAAGACGCAGCUGCCAGUGAUUGAGGAAGAUGGCGAAGAAGGAUACGUGUAUGACUAUAACAAGUUUUUGGAUGAACAAUUCAUGUAA